AUGUCGGAUUAUGAACACCCAUCCUCCCAAACUCGAUCCUCAGCUCAAAGAGAGUCCGCAGAAAGUCUCUCUACGUCGUUUAAUUCCGAAGUCGUUGAACGAUGUCUCAAAAUUGUCAUCGACUACAGAAAACGCAAGAUCUCAAAGGCAAAGGCAGUUCUUGGAAUCCAACAAGUACUUGCCGAAGCCACCACUGAAGGAGACCCGUCCUUUGAUAGCGGGUUCUCGCAUUAUCUUGAAGUCCUCGACGCAAUCAGGACAGACGAGGAACCGGAAAGUAUUCGAGGAGGUUCCAGACCGCCACGUGCGGAUAGGAGUGACGAGAUGUUCAAGCGGGACAAACGACGAAAGCUUUCAGACGACGAACUCACAUAUUGUCCGUGGGUCGAACCAUCCCGUUUCUGCUCUCUCUCUCGAUCAGAAGGAAUCAAAAAGUCCCUGCAAUGUUACGAAGAGUGGUCGGAUGAUCCCAAAUAUUAUCGAACCAAAAUCACCACUACCCCCGGAUGUCCGAAGCUGUCCACGUCUCAAUGGACCUUGCUACUUGAGGGAAAGGCCGUUGACCUCGACAAAGUUUUCACCGGACGCUAUUCCACAGCCAUCGACUCUAAACAAACCCAGUCCCUUGGGAAGGGAUUUGAGCUCUCGCUCUCCCAACCUACCGUUAGUCAUAAGGUCAAAUCAGCGGGGGAUUGGGGAAUUGCUACCGACUUAUGGACUCGGGCCCUCACCUUCAUCAUGCCGUGGCGUGAAGAGGAGGUUCGAGAAUACCGAGACUAUAUGUCCGACAUCUUCGGAAAUCACUUCUACUCCGUUCACGAGCGUGUCCUCGACUUCGACCGAGCUGUUCGACUCCUUGUCGAGCAACAAAAGUAUCUCCGGCUCGACGACUUUCAAAAGUUCGACGGCCUUAAAUCCAGUCAUUUGUCCGCGUUCGGAAUGGUUGCCAUGCAGAAUGCCCGUGACACGGGAGAAAAAUCAGGGAAAGAUUUUGGAGGAGGAAAACGUCAAUCAAAAGGAAGGGGUGAGCCCUGUCAUAAGUGGAACCGAGGAGAAUGCAAGAAAGAGGCCAAUGAGUGCCUUUAUUUCCACGUUUGUGACCGAGGAAGCUGCAGGGGGAACCACAAGCGCGGAGAGUGCCCAAUGGACAAAAGAGGUAAAUAG